AUGCUGCUGGACGUUGGUUGCUGCACUCAGGGAAGUCUGGAGUCGAGGAGUCAGCAGAAGGGCCAAGAGCUGGCAGCGGGAGUCAAGCUGCGGGUUCAGCGGAGUCAGCCUGCAAGGACUUCAGGUUGCUCCGUGGCCGUACAGAGCCAAUCGCAGCAUUUCUUCUUCUGUCAUGCAAGGCAGGGACCGCACCAGGAAAGCAUGGAGGCCACAGCCGUGCAGGCAGCUGGACUUCUCCCAGAGAGUCGGCAGGAACGGCGGCGAGAAUGUGCCAUCAGUGGCUGCAGAGAGCCUUAUCUCUGUUUUUUUGCAUUGGGACUCCUGAGCUUCAUUGAAAGAUGCUUGAACGGUUGGCACCGAAACAGCCUCUUCUUGCCCGAACUGUUGGCCUGCCAAGCCCGUAUUACGUAUGCCGUAGCAAGCAGGCUAUGA